GUAGUUGCACAGAAUAAAUCUUCGAUAUUUCAUUAACAAACCAACUGGAAGAGUUUUUCAUGGUGGUUUGUGUCGAACAUCAAGAUGUUUGUUGUUCACCUCAUUGCUUCCUUCUUCUCCAAACUCCAGGAGGAUCCAACAAAGAAGGUGGACAGGUUUCUGUACGCCAUGCGUCUCCAUGACGACCAGUUAAGUGACAUCUCGGCCCGUUUCCAGGCUGAAAUGAAGAGGGGGCUUUCAGUGGGAAGCAACGUCACAGCAGCAGUGAAGAUGCUGCCAACACACGUCCGCUCCACUCCUGAUGGAUCAGAAAAAGGACAGUUUCUGGCGUUGGAUCUCGGAGGCUCCAGGUUUAAGGUGCUCCAAGUUAAAGUGAGAGAGGGCAUGGGCAAUAAGAGGGGAGGAGUGGAGAUUGUUCAGAAGACUUACCCCAUACCCAAGGAACUGCAUGUUGGGAAAGCAACAGAGCUAUUUGACCAUGUGUCAGAGUCUCUGAAGGACUUCCUGCAUGAGAAGAACAUCAGUUUGGAGAAGAAACAUCCCCUAGCCUUCACUUUCUCUUUCCCCUGUGAACAAUCCACCUUAAAUCAGGGAUUCUUGAUGAACUGGAGUAAGAACUUUCGGGCUCGAGGCCUUCAGGGUAAAGAUGUAGUCCAGGCCCUCAGAGAUGCUAUCGACAGAACUGGAGGUAUGGAUGUAGAGGUAUUAGCCAUGGUUAAUGACACUGUAGCAACCAUGAUGACCUGUGGUUUUGAUGACCAGUACUGUGAAGUCGGACUCAUCAUUGGUACUGGCACUAACGCGUGCUACAUGGAGGAGCUGCGUCACGUUGACCUGGUGGAGGGAGACGAGGGAAGGAUGUGUAUGAACACUGAGUGGGGAGGCUUCGGAGACGACGGGGCUCUGAAUGAUUACAUCACUGAGUUUGACAGGGAUGUGGACGCGGCCUCCAACAACCCCGGAAAACAAAUUCUAGAGAAGAUGGUCAGUGGGAUGUAUCUGGGUGAAUUAGUGAGGCUGGCUGUAUUAAAGAUGGCUAAACUCAGACUGCUGUUUAAUGGACAUGUGUCUGAUGCCCUGAGGACCAGAGGGACAAUAACCACUGAACAUGUAGCAGCCAUGGAGGAGUACAAAAAUGGUCUGAAGAACACCAGAAACCUUCUCAUGGAUCUUGAUUUGUCCCCCACAUCUGAUGACUGUGUUGCUGUUCAACAUAUCAGCACCAUAGUGUCCUUCAGGUCCUCAAAUCUGGUGGCUGCAGGACUGGCCGCCAUCUUGACUCGAAUUAAGCAAAACCGGAAUUUGAGGAGAUUAAGGAUUACUGUAGGUGUGGAUGGAUCUGUGUACAAGACGCAUCCACAGUAUCCUAAACGUCUCCAUAAAGUAGUGCAGCGGCUGCUCCCUGAGUGCCAUGUCAGGUUUGUCCUCUCAGACAGCGGCAGCAGCAAAGGAGCUGCUCUGGUUUCAGCAGUCGCCCAACGCCUGGCAUCACAAAGGCGAAAGGUGGAUGAGACGCUGUCCCCCUUCAGACUGAGCCAAGAGCAGCUCCAGUUGGUGAAGACCAGGAUGAGGGCAGGGCUUGAAGCAGGGCUGAAGAGCAAAGGCCCCUCUGCUAUCAAGAUGCUGCCUUCUUUUGUUUACCAUACACCUGAUGGCACAGAGUGUGGAAAGCACCUUGUCUUGGAUCUGGGAGGAACAAACUUCAGAGCGUUGCUGGUGAAUUGUAAUCAAGGUCUGCAACAGAACUCACAACUUUACCACAAGAUCUACACCAUACCACUGGAGAUCAUGCAGGGAAGUGGAGAGGAGUUGUUUGAUCAUAUAGUGCAGUGUGUAAGUGACUUCCUGGACUACAUCGGGAUGAAGAACACUCGUCUUCCUGCAAGCUUCAUCUUCUCUUUCCCCUGCGAGCAAACAGCUAUUGACACGGGAACAUUAGUGAGCUGGACCAAAGGCUUUAAAGCCACAGACUGUGAAGGACACGAUGUUGUCAGCAUGCUGAGGGAAGCCAUCAAGAGACGCAACGAGUUUGACUUGGACAUAGCAGCAGUAGUCAAUGGCACAGUGGCGACCAUGAUGAGCUGUGCCUAUGAAAACCCUCAGUGUGAAAUUGGACUGAUUGCUGGAACUGGCACUAAUGUUUGUUACAUGGAGGAGCUGAAGAACAUUGAGAAGACUGAACAAAAGACAGAAAAAAACGAACGAGGAGAGGGGACGCCCGAAGGAGAGAAGGAUGAGCAGGAUGAUGGGAGAGAAAUAGAGAGACAGGAGGGACAUGCUGAGAUACCAAAGAUGUGUAUAAACACAGAGUGGGGGGGUCUGGGUGACGAUGGUUCUCUAGAUGACAUCAUCACACCUUGUGACAUUGAGGUCGACCAAAACUCACUGAACCCUGGAAAACAAAGGUUUGAAAAGCUGAUGAGUGGGAUGUAUUUAGGAGAAGUUGUUCGUCAGGUAUUACUGGAUUUAACCAGAGGAGGUUUGCUCUUUAGAGGGCACGUCACUGAAGCUUUAAAAACACCUGGAAUGUUCCAAACCAAAUACUUGUCACAAAUAGAGAGUGACCGCCAGGCUCUACUGCAGGUCAGAUCUAUUCUACAACAGCUGGGGCUCGACAGCACCUGUGAUGACAGCAUUAUUGUCAAAGAGGUAUGCGGGGUAGUGUCACGUCGUGCAGCUCAGCUGUGUGGGGCAGGAAUGGCGGCUGUGGUCGAUAAGAUCAGAGAGAACCGAGGACUGGACCAUCUGAACAUCACUGUAGGGGUGGACGGGAAACUCUACAAACUCCAUCCACAUUUCUCCGGCAUCCUCAAAGAGACUGCCAGAGUUUUGGCUCCUCAGUGUAACGUGACCUUCCUGCCAUCAGAAGAAGGCAGCGGGAAAGGUGCUGCCCUUAUUACAGCUGCGGCCAGACAGAAGCUGGAGAUGUAACUUCACAUGACUGAAAAAGGAAACUUUUUUUUUCUCAUAAUUUGGGUUGCCAAAUUCCCCCAGUGCUGCUGUUCUUGUCGCUGCAUGUCGUCUGAUGGUCUGGGAGAGUUACAGACCUGCAUCAUUUGUCGUCUUGGAUACGAAAGGAUUCGCCAACAGCUUCUUUUAACUUGAGAGCCAGGAACCUCACCUGAAGCGUAUAAAGCAUGCAGAGGUUUUCACUGCAAGACCCCCCACAGGCUUCCCACCAAUAAACACUGCCAUUUGUGCUGCACUGUGCUGCCAAAUUGAAAAAAAUAGAAGCACUGCUGCCAGCGAUUUUAAAUUUGGUUCUUUAUAUUUUAAAAACCAGAGAGAAGGACCACAUGUAUAUUUCAAAACAAAUGUGUGACUGGCCGAGCAAAAAUAUUUGGUUCUUUGGCCAAAGUCAAAGCCCUCUACUUUCCAAUAAUCAACAAGUCAGCUGUGGGAAAAGUGUCACACCCACAGCUGGACACAUGCCAGUGUUAGCCGUGCACUGAUUAGACUCUGCCUUUGAUACCAGGGCAGAGUACUUAGUUUUAGAAGAGAACGAACACUCAUAUCACAAAUCACACCCUGCUAACUUCUCAAGGUUAGCACUUUAUCUGAGAUAAAAGAUGAAUCAUAUAUACUGCUGUCAUAACGUUCAACAUGGUAACUGCAAUACUAGACUGAUAAUAAGCUUCAGUUGUCAAAAUGUGAUCUAUACAUGUCUCUUCACCUCUGACACACACACACACACACUAAUCUACUCGGUCUGAAGUGUUACUAUUCAAUUUUCAAGCUGCAUUAAUUUGGUUAACAAGUUCUUCAGUUCUUUGAACCAGAUGAUUCUUUCAUACUAACUUAAUAUC